GUGUGUCCGCAAAAGCCACGUCCCGUAACGGAAAAUUGAAAUUUUUAAAAUGCGCACCAAUACCAAAUGCGAUAUAUUUUUGUCCACCUUGUUGCAACGGGUUAAUUUAGAGGACAGGCAACCCCAUGGAUUUUUCCAUGGGCUAACGACUAGUCUAUGUUAUAAUACCCGUAUACGUCUGUCCGUCUGUCACGUAAAAUGGUAGCUUAGCUGCGCAAGUAGUAAGAUGCACGCAAUGCGGUAUAAAAAGGACGGACGAACCCGUGGAUUUUUCCACGGGCUAACGACUAAUUAGUACAAAAUAUUAAAGAUUUCUUUCCUCAAAAAUUUCUUCUUAAGGUAACUGUUCAUAUAACUUGUGGUUUAAUGUGAAAAAUAUUCUUCUUGUAUUUUAGGCGGCGAUCUAAAAAUAAAUACUAACAACUACAUAAAUAAAAUAUUACCAUUAUUCAACAAGCACUUUUUUUUAGCCUGCAAAAUUACCCCUACUGAAAAAUGUCCUUCAAACUUGGAUUGUGUAUCCCGAAAGGAAAAAAAUCCCGAAUCAGAUUACCGGACAUUAUCCAAAAUUUAUGCAAAGCAGUGGAUAUCGAAAUAGUAGAGAUAGAUAUGAAGGAAGACAUUGAGAUUCAGGGACCAUUCCAUGUCCUGUUACACAAAGUAUUAGAUUAUUACAACGAAUUCGAUGUUGUUGUUGCGGAUCAAAAAAUCACCAAACUGAUGUCAUACGCCUUACAGCAUAAGGAGAUGAUCGUCAUAGACAAUUUUGAUUGGUGCUUUAAAUUAACCAAUCGCAAGUAUAUGGUGGAGUUAUUAAAAUCUUGUGAAUUUUAUUUGAAUGGCGUGAAGGUAUUUUUGCCGAAUACAAUAGAAAUUACAGAACACAUGACCAUAGUUGAAGUUCAUCGUUUGUUAAAGAAAAGAAGUGUUAAAUUUCCUGUCGUAUCAAAGUCGAUAUCAGCUUACUUCGAGGAAGACGCCCGUCAAAUGUCACUGUUCUUUUCCACAGAGGCAAUCUCCAGACUUAAAAAACCUUGUUUAUUACAAGAAUUUUGCAACCAUGGUGGAGUGAUGUAUAAAGUUUUUGUUGUCGGUUCGAAGUUCAACAUCUGCAUGCGGCCAUCAAUUCGGGAUUUAUACGAAACCGAUACGAAUACGACCCUGUGUUUCGAUUCUUCUCGUGUUUCUAAAACGGGUUAUCCAUACAUGAAAGGAAUUCAUCCAGUCGAUCCGAAUAAACGUCACUGGGCCAACAGCGACGAAGUACCCGAUUUAUUGGAUUCAGGAGUAGUAAAAGAGGUAAUGUCCCGCAUCCAUGCGAACACUGGCUUGUACCUUUAUGGAUUUGAUAUAUUAGUUGAACGAGAAACUGGAAACUAUGCAUUGAUAGAUAUAAACCACUUCCCUUCGUAUGCUGGAAUAGACAGUGAACAUUUUCCAAAUGAUUUGGUUAGUUUACUAAAGACUUUUAGAGAUAUACCAGGGAAAAUCUUGUGAUCACGCUGGUUUACUAUCGAAGAAUAUAAGCAACAACGGCAUAUGUUUUUUUCGAAAGAGCGGUCCAAAGACAGUAAGAGUGUUUAAUACCAAA